CCUGGAGUCAAAGGAUCUUUCACCUGCUCUGAGUGUGGAAAGAGUUUCAGACAGAAAGGAAACCUUACUGUGCACAUGAAAUCUCACACUGGAGAAAAACAGGUUCACGUGCACUCAGUGUGGAGAGAGUUUCGUGCAUAAAUCAAAGCUCAAUAGACACAUGAGAAUUCACACUGGAGAGAGGCCUUAUACAUGCACUCAGUGUGGGAACAGUUUCAUUUACAAAGGACAACUAAAUGAUCACAUGAGAGUUCACACUGGAGAAAAACCGUUCACAUGCUCUCAAUGUGGAAAGAGUUUCAGGUGCAAAAACUUCCUCGAAGAUCAUCUGCGCAUUCACUCUGGAGUGAGAUCAUUCAGCUGUGAUCAGUGUGACAAAACUUUUGUUUUUCCAUCAUGCUUAAGAAGACACCUGAAAGUUCAUGCUGCUGUGAAGCCUCACAUUUGUUCUUUUUGUGGAAAGAGUUUUACACUACAGCAUACUUUAAAAGUGCAUGAGAGUAUUCAUACUGGUGUGAGACCUUAUACGUGCUUUGACUGUGGGAAGAGCUGUAGUACAUUGGGCAACUUAAAAACACACCAGAGAGUUCAUACUGGAGAGAAACCGUACCAGUGCUCACACUGUGGAAAGAGUUUCACUCAUUCAGGAAACCUGAAAACACAUGAGAGAAUUCAUACUGGAGAGAAGCAUCAGUGCUCUUUAUGUGGGAAGAGUUUCACUCACUUAACUAAUUUACAUGUUCAUAAGAAAAAGCAUUGCCCAAAGCUGUCUAAGUGAGCAAAGUUUCACAUACAGAUCCACGACUUACAAGCAAAAGUUGGAAUUGUGAGUCAAUGGCAACAAUAGCCGUUAUCCAUAUCACAAAAACUUGUUUUUUAGUCUCUCUGUUUAGAAGUGAUUCACUGAGAACAUACUGAAGACUUUUUUGCAUUGGAAUCACUGAGACUCUGUCCAUUGUGUGCAUUAUAUAAGUGUCCAAAAGCCCCAAAUAUCCUUUCUAACUGAUAUAGGCCUGCUAUACUGCAAAUUACACUAUAUGCCAAUGCCUGUACAAGACAAGCUAAGACAAGCCCAGACUUAUAGGAGAGUCUGAAUGUCAUUAUUAUGUUCUGGAGUUCUGCAUGUUUGUUCCUGUGAGUGAUUGAUUACAAAGUCAUUUAACUAUCUUUGCAGGGAAACAGCUCAUUUAAUACUAAUCUUGUUCAUGCUAUUGAAUUCUUGUUGCUAAGAUCUUAC